CUUGUUUCGCCUUGUGCCGAGGCGCAUGCGCAUAUGAGUCCCUGCCUGUCCUCUCUUGUUGAACCAGAAUAAGCGGGAGGCUGUUGAGUCGGUGGCGCAUGCGCAGACGCACAUCUGCCUGGGAGCUCGUGGCUUGGUGGGAGCGAAUGGUAGUCGGGCUGCCGUUGAGGUCUCGCGCGUGAGGUUCGAGGCUGAAGGAAGAGCGCGGGGGGCGGGGGCGUGGCGAGGAGACGGCGGGACAAUGGCGGCCGCGCUCCUGGGCCGCGCGCUCGCGACGGCAGUCGGGUCGCGUUGUUUCCUCAGAUGCAGUCCUACGUGCUCAGUGGAAAAAUGGUUUUCAAAAUAUUUCAGUUCCGAUAACCGUCCAAAGCAGCCAAUGUCAGCAUACAUCCGUUUUUAUAAAGACCAGCAACCAAUUUAUAAAAAACAAAAUCCAGAUGUAAGCAUUUUGGACAUAACAAAAAAGAUAGCACAGGUUUGGAGAGAACUACCAGCAUCUGAUAAAAAACCUUAUGAAGCUGCUGCCCAAACUGACAGGCAGAUCUACAAGGAACAAAUGGCCAGAUAUAAAGCUGAACUAACUCCUGCGGAGGAAGCAGCUUUGAAAGAAGAAAAAAGGAGAAAAUUUAAAAAAAGAAAAGCAACAAGAAAGAAGAGGCAAUUAACAGUCCUUGGAAAACCUAAAAGACCUCGUUCUGCCUUCAACAUUUUUAUGUCUGAACAUUUCCAAGAAGCUAAAGGAGUAUCCAUUCAGGCAAAGAUGAAGAAUGUAUUUGAUGACUGGCAAAAAUUGCACACUUCUCAAAAGAAGACAUAUCUGCAGCUUGCAGAAGAUGACAAAAUUCGUUAUGAAAAUGAAAUGAAAUCAUGGGAGGAGCAUAUGGUAGAAAUUGGCCGUGAAGAUCUUAUCCGUUAUAAAAACAGAAGGACUGUGCCAAAACGGAAGAAAACUGCAAAACAAGCUUCAAAAAAGAGAGCUACUGCAGUAAAGAAGCCUCUGGGAACCAAAAGCGUCUCUCUCACUACUAAUGCCAAAAAAGUAAAGGCAAAGCGCUCUGAGGAAUAAGUUAGAAAAUAAUUUGAUCCUUUUGGAUUGGAAAUGAAAAGAACCUGAUCAUAUAUUUUUGAAACAAAAUCGUGUUUUCUUUCUGUUGAAGUGUCAAGCUGCCAGAAUAAAUCAAGUUUGUGAAAAUUUAAACAAUGGCUGAUCACAGAACAAAAAGUGCUUUUUGCAUACUUGUAUAAAUAAGUAUUCUCUUACCACAUUAACCCCUUUCCUGUUAAAAAAAAACGUAAUAUGUAUACAAUCAUAUCUUCCUGAUUAUUAGGAGUUAAAAUUGAAUAUAGGAGAGGUGUGUAAAUAAUGUGUGUAAUCACUGGUAAAAGCAUGUAUAAGCCUUGUAAUUAAAAACUACUGAUCUACAAAUGUUCAGUGGCAUUUUUUAUCCAUGUUUUUAUAUGUAUCAAUAGUGCAUACUAUUUAUAAUGCAGGGAAUAAACUAGCAGGUUUUUACAAAA